GAAAAUAAUUUUUAACCGAAUAUUUACCAUAUCUCUAAUGAAUUUGAAUUAAUAGAUAUUUAAACAAUGCGAGAAUGAUUUGGGGAAACGUAGCCUUAAAUAUUUUUCUUCCUUCCAUUCAACAGUUCUUACUUCUUCUUCCAUUGCACGUAGAAGGAAGGUUCCCAGUUUGCGUCCCACAGUUUUCUUCUUCCACCUCCCAACAUGUGAACAUGAACCACCCCAUUUUCCAGCCGCCCCUUCUCUUCAAUUCUUCCCCAUGACUGAAUUCCCACUCCCCGCCGGAAAACUCCUCCGGCGCCGCCCCCCGCCGCCGCCGAGUCUCACCCUCUUCCUCCUCCUCCUCCUCCUCCUCUGCUCACUUCCCCUCUCCCAUGGCGAUGAACUUCAGUCCCUUCUGGCCCUCAAGUCUGCCCUCCACCACAACUCAACCUCUUCGGUUUUCAACUCAUGGGUGGGAGAGAGCAAUGCUGUGUGCAGCAGCUUCCAUGGCAUUGUCUGUGAUUCCAAUGGAUUUGUUACUGAAAUCAAUCUCUCUGCCAAAAACUUAUCUGGGAUUCUUCCUUUUGACUCCAUUUGCUCUCUGAAAUCGCUGGAGAAGCUGUCUUUUGGGUCGAAUCAUUUGUAUGGCAGGGUGAGUGAUGAGUUGAGGAAUUGUUCCAGGUUGAGGUAUUUGGAUUUGGGUCAGAAUUUUUUUGCUGGUGAAGUGCCUGAUUUGUCUUCUUUAGGGGGAUUGAGGUACUUGAGCUUGAAUAACAGUGGGUUUUCAGGGGAUUUUCCAUGGAAAUCUCUUCACAAUCUUACUGAUUUGGAGUUCUUAAGCCUUGGGGACAAUUCAUUUGAACCAACAACUUCAUUCCCAACUGAGAUUCUUGAGCUUCAAAAGCUGUAUUGGCUUUACCUUGCUAACUGCAGCAUCCAUGGAGAAAUCCCACCUGGGAUUGGGACCCUGUCUCUGCUUGAGAAUCUUGAGCUCUCGCAAAAUAAACUCACAGGUCCCAUUCCAUCUGACAUUGUGAACCUCAAGAAGCUGUGGCAGCUGCAGCUACAUGAGAAUUCCUUGACCGGGAAGCUCCCAGUCGGGUUCCGGAACCUCACUGGACUGAAAAAUUUUGAUGCCUCAACUAAUAAUCUUGAAGGUGAUCUGAUGGAGCUGAGGUUCUUGACCAAUCUGGAGUCCUUGCAGCUCUUUGAAAACCGAUUCUCCGGUGUGAUUCCGGACGAGUUUGGGGACUUUAAAGAGCUUGUUGGACUCUCUCUUUAUCAGAACAAUCUCACUGGCAGCCUCCCUCAGAGGCUCGGAUCUUGGGGAGCCUUCAUUUUCAUUGAUGUUUCAGAGAACUUCCUGUCUGGUCCUAUACCUCCAGACAUGUGCAAGCAGGGCAGGAUGAAUGAUCUCCUGAUGCUGCAAAACAAAUUCACAGGUGGAAUCCCAGAAAGCUACACAAGCUGUAAAUCUUUGAAUCGUUUACGAGUGAACAAUAAUUCUCUUUCGGGUGUCGUUCCUGCUGGGAUUUGGAGUCUGCCAAAUCUUACCAUCAUUGAUCUUUCAAUGAAUCAGUUUGAAGGUCCUGUGGCUUCAGAUAUUGGUAAAGCAAAAAUUCUUGCCCAGUUAUUCCUAUCGAAUAAUCGGUUUUCUGGAAACUUACCGACCGAGCUUGGCGAGGUGUCAUCCUUAGUCUCAAUCCUGCUUGAUUUGAACCAAUUCGCCGGUCCAAUCCCGAAAACAAUUGGCAAGUUGAAGAACUUAAGCAGCCUUUCCUUGAAUGACAAUAAGUUUUCUGACAACAUACCUAGCUCAUUAGGCUCUUGCACUUCUCUUUCUACCAUAAAUCUAGCUAAGAAUUCGUUCUCAGGGGACAUUCCAGAGAGUCUUGGAUAUUUGCCAAUUCUAAACUCCUUAAAUCUAUCGAACAAUGAACUUUCAGGCGAAAUCCCAAUGAGUUUUUCGCAGUUGAGGCUAAGCAGUUUCGACCUGUCUAAUAACAGGCUAAUUGGCCAAGUACCUGAAUCGCUAGCGAUCCAAGCCUUUGAUGAAAGUUUCAUGGGAAAUCCAGGCUUGUGUAGCGAGUCUCUCGGAUAUUUGAAUUCAUGUUCAUCAACCUCUAGCUCCUCCCACCAUCUCGGAAAGUUGCUAUCAUGCAUCAUUGCUGGAAUUCUAGUGUUGCUCGUGUCCUUCUCGUGUUUGUUGUUCGUUAAAUGGAAACGUAACGAUGCCAAGCAUUUGCUGAAAUCCCAAUUGUGGGAUAUGAAGCCAUUCCGCGUAGUGUGCUUCACGGAAAAGGAAAUCAUUGAUUCAAUGCAUUCUGAUAACUUGAUAGGCAAAGGAGGAUCUGGAAAUGUGUACAAAGUUGUACUAAGUAAUGGCAAACAACUUGCCGUGAAACAUAUAUGGCAGUCGAGCUCUAGGGAUCAAACAAACUGUCGGACUAGCACAACGAUGUUAACAAAAAGGAAGACCAGGUCGUCGGAAUAUGAUGCAGAAGUGGGUACUUUGAGCUCAGUGAGACAUGUCAAUGUGGUGAAACUAUACUGUAGCAUUUCGAGCGAGGACAGUAAUCUGUUGGUUUACGAGUACUUACCAAAUGGAAGUUUAUGGGAUCAGCUGCACACUAGCAGGAAGAUUGAGAUGGGAUGGCAGAUAAGGUACGAGGUCGCAAUUGGAGCAGCGAGGGGGCUCGAGUAUUUGCAUCAUGGGUGUGAUAGACCGGUGAUUCACCGGGAUGUGAAAUCGAGCAACAUUUUGUUGGACAGUGAAUGGAAGCCUAGGAUUGCAGAUUUCGGGCUGGCUAAGAUUCUGCAGGAUGGCCGUGGGGGUGGAGAUUCGUCUCAUGUCAUUGCCGGAACACUCGGUUAUAUAGCCCCUGAAUAUGCAUACACGUGCAAGAUAAACGAGAAGAGCGAUGUUUACAGCUUCGGAGUAGUCUUAAUGGAACUAGUAACAGGAAAGAAGCCAAAUGAGCCAGAGUUUGGGGAGAACAAGGACAUUGUACAAUGGGCACACAGCAGAAUGAGAGACCUAAACGGCAAUCUGAAAGAAAUGGUAGAUUCUAGCAUCUCAGAGGCUCAGGUGGAAGAUGCAGUCAAAGUGUUGAGAAUCGCACUUCGCUGCACGGCUAAGAUUCCAUCAACGAGGCCCUCCAUGAGAAUGGUAGUUCACAUGCUUGAGGAGGCUGAACCCUGUAACCUCAUGGACAUUGUUGUCAAGAAAGGAUGUGAAAAGUAAUCAAGAAGAAGAUAUAGAGAUCACUACUACUACUGCAGUAUAGUAUCAAGGGGACAUCACAAUUUUCGAGUUUAGAAUUUAGUUUUACUAGAAUGAUUCCGAGCCUUUUGCAAGAAGCUAGCAACUAGAAGACUAUACCUUAAUCAUUGUAUCAUAGAUCACUGUUGGUGGGAAAAAACAGGUUUUGCCCCCUUCUCCUUUUCCUGUUUCCCCAAUUUUCUGUUUCCUUAGUAGGAAGCAUUUGUAACAUACUGCAACAAAUUAAGUUCCAGUUGCGUAAUCAUAAAAGUUUAUAGCAUGUAAUCAUUACAACAAAAGUAUUUAUCGACCAUCGAGAACUAGAUUAGCCACCAUA